GUUGCUUUUGUUUUUGUUACAAAACGUUUUUGUGAUUUUUAUGUUAUUUUAAACAAAAAAUGAUACAGACCCUUAACAUAAAUUGAUAAAAAUAAGACAUAAUGUCCACGCCACUGGAACAGCAAACGGAUGAACGCGAGGCGUUGCAGUCGAUUUACGAGGGCGAUACAAACUUUAAGGAAGUAGACAGCGUCACAUUUCAGUACAAAUAUGGUGAAGAGGACAGCUACAAGUCUUUUCUGGUAGAGCUGAAAUGGGGCGAAAACUAUCCCGAUGAGGCGCCAACGAUCAAUAUGAAUACAUUUUAUAAUAGAAAUCUACUGCCCGCUGUCAAGGAGGAGAUCCAAACCGCCCUUAAUACGGAAGCUGCUCAAUGGUUAGGCUGUGGCAUGACCUACACCCUGUUUGAAUGCCUUAAGGACAACCUCGAGCAACUGACCGCCGCCCAGCCCGAAUCCGCACCCACCAUAGUAGCCGUAGACGAGGGCGUAGGUGCUCUAAAAAUCUCCGAUCCCAGUGCCGAUGCAGAUGCUAAGAAAAAGGAGCCCAAGAAGGAGCACUUGACCAAGGCGCAAAAGCGCCGGCAGUGGGAGCGAACCGAUCACAAAGGUGAUCGCGAACGUGGCUGGGACUGGGUCGAUCUCGUCAAGCAUUUAUCGCAGACGGGUGGAAAGCAUGAUGAUGCUCCAACUGCCGCUGAAAUUGCAGCGUCCAACGCUCCAGCUCUGCAUCCCCUGAACAACUAGAAACCCUAAUCAUUUAAGUGGAGAAAUCAACAACGAGAAAACUUAAAAUCGAAAUCAAAAGCCAAUACUAUUUUUAAUGUGAUCAGAUAAUGGCGAAUUAGCGCAAGCAAGUCUGUCAUAAAACCCAGAAUUAUGUUAAUUAACUAUUAAAAGGUUAAAACUUUUGAUUAAAUUAAGAGUGUGUUUGCUGAUAGUCCCCAUAUCCAUGGGAGGAAUUUG